GUUGUUGUUAAGAGGGAACGGCACAUCUGCUAUGAAUCUCGUUGGCUCGUGGAGCCUCGAUGACCUUGAUUCAGCGAGCAUGAAGCAACCAUCGAGGUCACCGGGACUCGAGAUUGCUAUGGCACUGUUCGGCAUGGUCUGGCUGCUGCGUGUUCGCUCGGAGAUGCGUCGUUGCUCUAAAUGCCGUCACGAGGAGAUCCUAGCGGCCCAGCAGCAACAACAGCAACAGCAGCUGCAGCAACAACAGCAGCACCACCACCACCUGCACCAUCAUCCUCACCAUCAGCAACGCACGCUGUCGCAGGCCACCAGUUUGUUGCAGACACCCGACGACGGCGUCACCUCCUCGGCGAACACUCUUUUCACCCUGGACACGCCUGGCGCCGCCGGUUCCGCCGGAAGUUACUGCGAGGUUCACGGCUUCGUUCAGGCGAAAGAAGAUAUCCAGGAGUUUUACGAGCUGACGUUGCUCGACGAGUCGAAAUCGGUUCAGCAGAAAACGGCGGAGACGAUCCGGAUCGCCGACAAAUGGGAAGCCAGCGAUGGGCCAAUUACGCCGACCUUCGCUCAAAACGACGGUGGUCCAGCUUUUCCGGUGAACCAGACUCUGUCGAACAUUUAUGGCCGCAGGUCGGCCAGCCCCGAUGUUCCAGAUCACGUAGACGAAGCUCAGAAGACGCGAUACACCGGCAGAGGCGUGGAGGAGCAGUUGCCACCCCCUCCGUCGCCACCCCAGCUGAAGGAGGCCGGACAGUUGGAUGGAGUUCCUAGACCAAAUUCAGUCGAUCGUAUCCUUCAUCCCGAUGGUAGCCAGCACAUUCUGACUAGUCACGAGACCCUCAAUAAGAGUCACGACAGCUGGCAAGGACACGACGGUGACCAGGCACACACGCCCCUUCUUGCGGCUGACACGAGACACGUAAACGGUGACGAUGAUUGGGAAUACGAGGAGAUCGUCCUCGAGAGGGGUGGGGCGGGGCUUGGGUUCAGCAUCGCCGGGGGUACGGAUAAUCCUCAUUUCGGCACCGACACUGCCAUUUACAUCACGAAACUUAUACCUGGCGGAGCUGCGUCCGCGGACGGCCGUCUCCGCGUCAACGAUACGAUACUUCAGGUGAACGAUGUGUCCGUUGUCGACGUACCCCAUGCAGCAGCCGUCGACGCCCUCAAACGAGCAGGCAACACCGUCAAACUAUACGUACGCCGACGGAGAUGCACGCAGCUGAUCGAAAUCGAGCUAAUUAAGGGUAACAAGGGCCUCGGUUUCAGUAUCGCCGGUGGUAUUGGCAAUCAGCAUAUACCCGGUGACAAUGGAAUCUACGUGACGAAAAUUAUGGAGGGCGGCGCCGCGCAAGUGGACGGCCGUCUUGUAGUUGGAGACAAAUUGGUAGCCGUCAGAAAUGCUCUGCAGGGCGACAAAAACCUCGAAAACGUAACGCACGAAGAAGCCGUGGCGACGCUGAAGGCCACCCAGGACCGCGUGGUUCUUCUGGUGGCGAAACCGGAAACCGGAAUCGUGCCCCCGCCACCACCCCCGAUGGCCUCGGACAAUUCACUCUCGCCCCAACCACGAAAACAAAAUGGCUCUGUGUCGGCGCUGGAGAACAACUCGACCCUGCCGUACUCGCAAGAAUCACGUCACGCGUCUUCUCUCGCGCUUCACGGUGCAACCACGCCACGAGCUGUUUCUCAGGAGGACGUAUCACGAGAGGUACGCACAGUCGUGCUCAACAAAGGCUCUUCCGGUCUGGGUUUCAACAUCGUCGGCGGCGAAGAUGGCGAGGGAAUUUUCAUUUCCUUCAUCCUAGCCGGAGGCCCGGCCGACCUCAGCGGUGAACUGCGUCGCGGCGAUCAAAUACUCAGUGUCAAUGGCAUUAAUCUUCGGACAGCCACUCAUGAAGAGGCCGCCGCAGCCCUCAAGGGUACUGGCCAGACAGUGACGAUCGUGGUACAGUACAAGCCCGAAGAUUACAACAGAUUCGAGGCUAAGAUCCAUGAUCUUAAGCAACAGAUCUCCCAGCAAAAUAUAAUGACAGGCACCCUCAUGAGGACCUCGCAGAAGAAAUCACUUUACGUCAGAGCGUUGUUCGAUUACGAUCCCAACAAGGACGACGGUCUGCCGAGCCGCGGUUUGGCGUUCCGUUAUGGUGAAAUCCUACACGUGACGAACGCCAGCGACGAUGAAUGGUGGCAAGCCAGAAGAGUGAAUCCUCAGGGGGAGGAGGAGGGCCUUGGGAUAAUACCCUCUCGCAGACGAUGGGAACGGAAGCAACGGGCCAGGGAUCGUUCCGUCAAGUUCCAAGGUCACAUGCCAGUCAUCCUCGACAAGACGGUUGACCAAUUACAGCAAUCGACCCUGGACAGGAAAAAGAAGAAUUUCUCGUUCAGCAGGAAGUUCCCCUUCAUGAAGAGCAAGGACGACAAAUCCGAGGAUGGUUCGGACCAGGAACGGUCGCCCACGACACCCGAGAAUGAAAACGAUCCUACACCAUUCAUGCUGUGCUACACCCAGGACGACACUAACACCGAAGGGAGUAGAGAAAUUUUGUAUCGUGUUGAACUGCCUUAUAUGGAGGAACUGACGUUAGUUUAUCUGGAAAAGGAGGAUGAUGAGAAUGAUGACGAGCUUAGCAGCGAAGAGAACGUGCUGUCGUACGAGGCAGUCCAGCAGCUCACCAUACAGUACACACGACCUGUCAUUAUCCUCGGACCUCUCAAGGAUCGUAUCAACGACGACCUCAUCUCGGAAUUCCCCGACAAAUUCGGCAGCUGUGUGCCACAUACAACGAGGAGUAGAAGGGAAUACGAAGUGGACGGGCGCGAUUAUCAUUUCGUGGCGUCGAGGGAACAGAUGGAGAGGGAUAUUCAGAACCAUUUGUUCAUCGAGGCUGGACAGUACAAUGACAAUCUUUAUGGAACCUCCGUGGCGUCCGUUCGAGAAGUCGCCGAAAAGGGAAAACACUGUAUUCUUGACGUGAGCGGAAACGCCAUCAAGAGGUUACAAGUGGCACAGCUCUAUCCCGUCGCCAUUUUCAUCAAACCGAAAUCCGUGGAGUCGGUCAUGGAAAUGAACAAGAGAAUGACGGAGGAGCAAGCGAAAAAGACGUACGAACGAGCACUGAAGAUGGAGCAAGAAUUUGGAGAAUACUUCACCGCCGUCGUGCAAGGGGACACGCCCGAGGAGAUCUACGUGAAAGUGAAGGAAGUGAUCGCCGAGCAGUCCGGACCGAACAUUUGGGUACCAUGCAGGGACCAGCAACUGUGACGUCCUGCCCCCCACGCUCAGCCCGGCCCGAACGCUUGGACUCUACCUCCGAGGCGUCAAGCUUAAUUACUCUUAAUAAAAUAAUCAAGCAACCGCUCUGAAUGCCUUCCCCGUUCCCGUCCCGAUGCCGUUCCCACCCACACCGACACGAACACACAACACAAUGGUCCCACGUUUAAGGCGUUAACCGCGCGCGAACCUCGACGAGGACGGCUCUCGUCCGGCGGAACGUAGCCUCGCGAGAGAGCAAACGGGUUAACGAGAAAAUUACACGACGAGUAUGCGAUGUUCCUCAAGCGUGUUCGCUCUCCUACGCGACUUGUUUGCCCCGGGUGAAGAUGCUAGCGCGACACGGAGAAGAAGAAGAGAGAGUUUGACGACGAGAAACGAUCUCCGCGUCUCCACUCAGCGACGCGGAGAUCAAUCCGUUUCGACGAUCGUCCGACACGAAAGAGUUUUAAAACGUUGAUGCGUGUUAUAGUGUUACUACCAGAAAGUGUUUCGUUGUACCACGAUGUUUUUCAUGUAUCUAAUCGGAUUUGUUGAUCGAGAUCAAGGAGACACCGUCGCGUGCGUUGAUUUUAUUACCGAGAAAUUUCAAGGAAACGAUACGAAUACACGCGGCGAUCGGAACAAUCCCCCUGGCCCAACAACGAACAACAUCGACGAACGUUUACUCCGUGCUUCGUAAUUUAUAACGCACGCCAAACCCCCCUGAAAACCACCCACCCCUCACCCCCCCGCACGGAGAGACCCCGUUUUCAAUUGUACCCCGUCGUGUAUUCGUCUCGAGAUCGAUUUUAACGCGUAUAUCGACGACACUCGAUCGAGGUAUAUAUGUUUUAUGGAACGAAUGACUCGCGUCGCGAUCGAUCGAUCAGCGGCGCGUUCGCGAAAUUAACAGACACGAUUUCUCGCCGCGAUCGUUCGCAACGAUGCGCACAGCACCGCUAGACGCUUGAUAAAAAAAAAGAAAAAGAAAAAGAAAAAAUAAUAAAGAUUCCCCGCAGUAAUCGCGGCGAUAGAGACGAAUAAACGAGUAAACGUAACAGGAUCGAACGAUUCGCGGCAAACGAAUAAAAACAUGAGAAUUAUUCAAAAUGAAAAACUUGGCUUCGUCGAUCACUAUAUAUAACGUAUAGCUUGUCCGGUUAAUUCUGAGCGAAGUAGCAAGGUAUUUUUUAAUGUACUUAAUCGCAAUAAGAGGCGAGCGAAGUGCGAAUCGGUGGGAUUCGAGUUCGUCGGGGAUGCCCAGCACGAGGCAUCUCGCGUCGAUGAGCCUCACGAUUCAUCAAACCCACACAGGACAAAUCUCUAGAUGCUAGAAUAGCGAUAUAUAAUGUUUUGUACAGCUAGAUUACUAAGCCAGUACUGGGUUAUGUGCAACAUUAUAUAUAUAUAUAUAUAUAUACACAUAUUAUAUAUAUAUAUACAUAAAAAAAAAAAUAUAUAUAUAUAGAGAGAGAGGAAGAGACAGAAGAGUAGGCGACGAGCUGCGACCGGGAGAAAGAAUGAAACUCUAUUGUAAUUUAAAUACCACUACUAAAUUAUUAUUACGAUAGUAGGUAUGUAUUAUUGUAAAUACCUGUACCCGGGUAAAAAUCGAGAUGGAAAUUAUGCGGCGCUGGUUGCGCGAGCGUGUGACCGAGAACAGCGAGAUACAAGCUCGCCGGCCGGAGGAUAGUGAAAACGCGCGCGACGCGUCGUUUCUAUUUUUCGAGUUCGAGCGAGGCGUUCAUUUCUUCGUGUUUCGUUUUCUACGAUUGGCACCCUGGGCCAAUCCAUAGAAAGCCCCGGGAUCACUGGACAAGCGUGGUGUUGAGAGGAAAGAGAAUUUAGCUCAACAAGCUUUCGGGACCCUCUCUAACCCGAAUUAUUUUCACUGAAAGAUCAACGAUCGUCGAUAAUCGAGACGCGAGGUGAAUUCUAUCUAUGGGUGUGAGAAAUUGUACCUAAAUAGUUGUUACGGGUGGGAUCGUUUGUUGCCUAUUCUAUUGCUUUCUCGCGUACACGCGAGAGUCAGAGCCGCGUACGGUUACAGAGGGUCGACGAAAUUUCUGGUCUGACCGAGUUCGAUACAGGUGUCUCGUUUCACUUGUUGAGCUACGCUCGAAUCGGACGAAACGCCUCGGUAACUGUUUCACACGGGUGGAUCGAGGGCUCUCCCCGGAACCUCGAAACUUGUUCAACGCGAACAGAAGACCAGAGCUAGAAACAAUCAGUACUUACGAGCGAGAUGGGGGCGAUGCGAUUUUACUUGGCGGAGCAAACGCGUCGAUCGCGUGAAAAUUGUUGGGGGUGCAGCCAUUUUAGAAGAAUUUAUUUAGGGCCGUGAACGUUUUUACCCCUCUCAUACGUCGAUCGCGCGAGCUUCUUCGAUACAUUCAUAAAUUAAACCUUGUAAUUAAAAACGUUACGAGAGGUCAAAUAUUUCUAGUUUUCGCCGCGUUUAAGAGUCGAACGCGUGGCUCCGUAGAUCUUGAUGAUUCGCUUUUCACCCUGAUUCUACCAGACGACGGAGCGUAUACUAAAUUUAAGGAACUGUGGGGUCUCGACGAAUAAAUUUUACGUAGUCUUAUGUUACGAAAUAUAUUAAAUGGCAUUAUAUACGAAUCUACCCCGCGGUGAGCCAAAGUUAGGGUGUCGCGAACCAUCGAGAUUUCCACCUAUGGCCACCGGUCUGAUUUCUGAAACCGACUCGAUGUUAAGAUCGACGCGUUUGCUCCGUCAUUUUACGUUCAUCGUGGAGGCACUGAUGGAGAUUUCGACUCGAUCGUGGCGGAAGCGAAUUGGCCGCGCGCGUCACCGUUUAGUUCGCAGUCGAUCCGAUCGAACCUGCGAUUGCUUCACCCUUUUAGUUAGACGAGCGGCAAAGGGCCGAAUUGGGUUACUGUUCGUUCCGUGGGAUGCCCCGGGAGCGAACGGCGCCGAUCGAUCGGGUAUAAUUAGCAUGGGUACGCUUUCUACGAGCUAUUUUUCCUACGACAGAAUCCUGUGUUUGGAAUCGUUAACGCCGACAGCCGUGUCGCCGCCGUAUCGCACGGCGAAACACGAAACGGAGCGUAGGUUUUCCUUCUUUUCUUUCUUUUCUUUUUUUUCUUUUCUUUUCUCGUGACCGCCGAGAACUGGCGAGCAGCGUCGCCGUGAUCCGCACAUGUCGUGCCUGAAGACAGAGCUAGGCUUCGCCAAGUUAAAGAGUAAAAGAGAAAAAAAAUUUAAUGGAAAAAAUCGUAUAAAAAAAAAAAGAAGAAAACGACAAAAAAAAAAUGAGUAAGAUAUGAUGCAGAAAGAACGACGUCUGUCUCGAUGUAAAGGAACGUAUAAA